CAUAGUCUGCCAACUGCCUUCUAGAACCACCUCCCAGAGCAACCGUUGCAAAUGGAACCUCAACGGAAACAAUGGAAGUGACAUUAUGCCCUUGUGCAUUACGUUCAAACUGACUAAAGGAGCAACACCAUGUUAUUGUCCCUGUUAGUGAAAUUUUGGCUGUGCCCAAUUAUGGCGGCUGACUCCUGGCCAUGCAGCUACGAGCAAGUGAUUUAUUCAGUUCCUCACCAUUUGGUCCCGCCACUAACAGGUUUGCUGCUUAAUUUCAGCCACAAUUACCCUCUUAUAUUACACCACCCAUGUGGAAAUCAAUUUUUCAGUGGUAUUUCCCCAGCUGUUUACCUUGGUGAAAGAUUAUUCAUCAGUGAUGAUUUGUUUGAGAGCACCAUUCUUCCUCUAACCAUCCCCAGCAGUCAUACAAAUCCACCUGCCAUUGUUAGCGCUGCUGUAUUUGUGCAGACAUCUCAUAUUGUGCUAGUAGUGAAUGGAAACGUCUUUAUCUAUCUCUACAGGACAUGGAAGGCAUGGGUGCAGUCAAAGGGGAUUACUAGUCCAGUUACUGAACUUGCCAGCUACGACUGCUGUUUUGCUCUAGAAGAUCCUGCCUGUGACAAGAUCAAUAAACUCGUUCUGGCAUUUGACACGGGCAAUUUGGCUAGCAACAGUGAAAUCUUUUAUUCAGAAGACGGGGCCUACACAUUUGCACCUUUAAAAAGUAGGCCACUGAGGGAUGGCAUUCUACAUGGGGUCUAUGUUUUUGCUUCCUCAGCAGAUAUCGGAAUGCUCCUCAACGAUGCCAGUCAUUCCAAAAUUGCAUACUUCACAUAUGGAGAUGUUGAAUCCAUGAAAAAUGGAACAGGAACACCCUUUAACUUAGACUUCCCAAAAGAUCAGAGAGUUGAAAGCAUACUUCCCCCUGGCAUGAGAGGUUUUAUCAUAAUAUGGACCAAGGAAGCAUUUAUGAGCUCCUCAAAUGAUGGACUGACAACAGAUAUUGUUACUGUACUUCCCACAAACAGCUAUCCUAAUAACUCUCUCCCAAGAGAUAUUUGCUUUAUAGCUGCCACCUACAAUGAGAUUGCGGCCCUCACCAAGUCUCAGCUUUUCUACGGAAACCUGGACAUGGUCUCUAGCCAAAUGGUACAUCUUGGGGAAAAAAACAUUUCCUUAUCCCAUGACUCUUGUGAAGCUAUGUUAUUUGAAAAUACUGGAACGCUUAGCAUCAUCCGUCCAUUUCCCAGCAAUAUAUCUGAAUAUUAUCAUUUUCAUAAAUGCAUCAUCAACAUCCAGGCUAGGCUGAUGAGUGUGCAGCCACCAUUGCAAUCCUGUCCAAUGGAGAUCCUCACUGGUGAUUUCCAUAACAGGAUGUAUUAUAUUGAUACAAAGCAGCUUCUUCAUUUUAAUGCCACAUUUGUACCGAAGCCAGGAACUGGUGCCUAUCCAUAUGUAACUCUGAGCAAUCCACAUGUGCUGGCAUUCGAGGCACACAUUGUGGAGGAUGGCUAUACCUUUGAUGGAAACACUAAAUACAGCUUGCAAAUUCAAUUACAAGAGCAACAAUUAGCAAGUAUGAUUCAAGAAACACAGACUACAUCACUCUUAAGGAAGAUAUCAUCUGUUACUGUGGACAUCUACAACAAAGGGAUAUUCUGCAUUGACAUGCAUCCAUUGACAGCUCUUAUUGCAGUGGAGUGUCCACCUAAGAAACACAUCAGAAUUUUAAUGACUACAACAGCUUGCAGCAAAGGUCUCUUUGAGCCAAGACUACUACAGAAUUUUGUUUAUUCAAUUGAUAAGAAACUAUACGAUCCCUUAUUCUUUGGCAGAAAAAAUUUAGAACAGGAAGAUCUUAAUGUGACCUAUAACUAUCUCUCUUGGGGAUGUCCUCUUCUCUUAUAUUACAAUAAACCGUGGCUUCCAGAUAUUGAACUAUGGGACAAUGAUAAAUUUCUGGAAUACGUUUCUGCUGAUUUUGUACUGUAUGAAAUCAAUGGAAUGCACAAUUACGAUUAUCUCUUGACUGAAGCAGAGGCCAAUUGUUUGUCAGAGGCCCAGAACUGGACCAAACUAUUACAAGAGCCUGAUGCAAUACCAGAAAUGGCAUGGUCUAGAUAUAAUUAUGUGAGUUGCAAGAAGCCCAGAGGAAACAAAACUUUACCAUCACUUUCUUCAAAGUACCAAGUUUUAAACAGGAAUGAAAGAAAUAGAAUACUUUUUCCACAGUACAAUGGCUUUUAUGUCUUCAGAGUUAUUGUUGUAGAUAGCUUAUAUAGCUACUGUAACCUUAGCACAAUUGUCAGUGUGUAUGUUCACGGAGCACUCCCAAAAUCUGAGGUCAAUGCUGGAAAAGCACUGAUUAGUUUUCUUGUUCUCAUAUUUGGUACAAUUCUAAUGGUUUAUUAUUUUCCUAAAUUACUGCAGGAGAAUGCAAGAAUGAAAUAAGUUUAGUCAUAGCAUUUCACCACCAUGUAGAACAAUAAAUGUGGGUUUAAUUAUACUGACUAGGAUUUUUUGUUUUGGUCACUG